GAAUUACAUAAAAAGAUCUCGCAUGGAGCAAGAGAUGGCUCGGCGACCAAAGUUCAGGUCCUGUAGUGUCGCACUCCGUGGGGCGGCCCCAUCUUCAGAACAGCUGAGGCGCGACUCCGUGAGCAGCAGGGCUAGUCACCAGAAUAGUCUGCUGACCCAAGGAAGCAACAGUAACAUCAUGAAUAGCUCACAAAGGAAAUUCUCUGCCAACUCCCAACUGGACCAAGCAUCACUGCUGACAAACAGCAAGUCUGUACAUGCACUGGACAUCUCAACCCUCGCAGGCUCGCAUUCAUCUUUGAAAUACAUUGACGAGAUUUCGCUGACUCCAAAAACGAAG